CGUGAGGAAGGGCUUUGGUAUCAGCAGCGAGUUUGAGAUGGAGGACUUGGUCGAGCAGCAUAAUAAGCGUGAGUUUUUGCUCUUGGCCCUUCCCUGCUGAUUGGCCUAGGUUGUUGUGCACGUCGAGUGCGUCUUGCUACAUACCAGGCAUAUCAUACACACACAUGCACAAGCACACACACAAACACCACUCGCACACGCACACGCAAACCGCAACACGCAAAACUUGCUGAUGGCCACGCGCGCCCCGCGCGUCUACAGACAAAUGGACCGACAAAAACGCCCCGGCAACCAUGUCAACGAUGAUCCCGUCGCCGGCCGUGAACCACGUGCCCACGGGCACGGGCGGCAUCGGGCGCGGCGACCUCAUGCGCUUCUACCGCGAAUUCUUCCUGCCCGCCAUCCCGCCGUCGCUGAACAUGCGCCUGGUGGCGCGCACGUGCGGCGUCGACCGCGUCGUCGACGAGCUCGUCGUCUCGCUGCGCCACACGCAGGAGCUGCCCUGGCUGCUGCCCGGCAUCCCGCCCACCAACAAGCCCCUCCAGUUCGCCAUGGUCAGCAGCGUCGCCGUCCGCGGCGGCAAGUUCGUCUCCGAGCGCGUCUACUGGGACCAGGCUGGCGUGCUGGUCCAGGCCGGCUUGCUCGACCCCAAGGCCGCUGUCCCGCCCGCGCUGCGCCAGAAGGGCGUCGAGCGCUUGCCUGUGCUGCCUGAGAGCGCGAAGAAGGUGCUCGACGAGGAGAGCGUGCCGAGUAACGAGCUGAUUGACGAGUGGUGAGCGCGGCGGGGCACGCCGCGGCGAUGACGGCGACGAGCGCUGCCGCCGCGCUCAGCCGAUGAGCUUGCACGUCGGCAGCCGGUACGUGUCCAGGACCCAGUACUUUCGGCGCACGCCCUCCCACUCGCCAUCCUUGUCGAGGUCCGGGAUGGGGAUCUCCUCCCACUCAGUGUCGAAGCCGGCCUCGAAGAGGUCCAUUUCGACGAUCU